AUGAAUACGAUGAUCGAAAUACUAUCAUAUGCUAUGCUUAUCAGUGGUGCCAUUACCUUCAUGGCACUUAUGUCAGGAUUUAAAGCUACUUAUGGACGAUACUCUGAGCAGUCCCGUCAAUCGGUACCAUUGAUACCGACCAAAUGUGCUUGGUUUAUACAAGAAUUACCGUCGUUAUACAUACCUCUUCACUACCUUGUUACUGGCAUUACGGAUCUACCUCUUAUCAAUGCAUUUAUCCUUAUCUUAUUCUGCCUCCAUUACAUCAACAGAGCUCUCAUUUAUCCAUUCUUGAUCAAACAUGGUACAGGAACUCCUGUGCAUAUCUUCCUGUUAGGUCUUCUAUUCUGCACAAUUAAUGGUUAUGUACAAGGCAAAUGGCAUUCUCAUAACGUUGUAUAUAACGAAUCACUAAAGAAUACCGUAUUUUGCUUCAUUGGCACUUUGAUAUUUAUCAUUGGAAUGAUGAUUAAUGUCACAUCUGAUUCAAUAUUACGAAAUUUGCGAAAAGAUGGGGAAUCAGGCUAUAAGAUACCUUAUGGUGGUUUGUUCAAAUAUAUCUCUGGAGCAAAUUUCUUUGGAGAAUGUAUCGAAUGGACUGGUUUUGCCUUAUUGGCACGCACGUUGCCUGCUUUUGCGUUCGCAUUUUUCACAUUAUGCAACAUUGCACCGCGUGCCUAUCAGCAUCACAGAUGGUACCAGGAAAAGUUUGGCAACUAUCCGAAGGAUCGCAAGGCCUUUAUACCAUUCGUUAUUUGA